UUACUCUUUUUUUCUUUCAGUAGAGAGACACUAGAGAGAGAGAGAGAGAGCUUGAACACACGAAGAAACAACCAUGGCGGGAAUCGAUACGCAGAAGCAGUUUCUCUCUCUGAUCCGCGAUUUCACCUCUGAACGAUCUCGUGGAGAGCAAAGAGUUGUUGGAUUGAAGAAACGGAUCGAGGUUUUACAAUCGGAAGUUGAAGCAGCGAAUUCAGAAGUUGAGCAUGCGAAGCGUAUCAAAGAAGUCUCGGAAGAGGAGCUUAACGGAUACGAAGUUGAAUUGUCUUUGAACGAUGCUACGAUUCAAUCUCUGGAGGCAAGGAUUGGUCUUCUUCAGGAUGAAGUUUCUACUAUUGGGAGUGAGAUUGAUGCUCUUAAGAACAAGGAAGGAUUACUCAGAGAUCAGUUUAUAAGCCAAAUGGAAGAGCUGAACAAGGAAAUAAGGUUAAUUUUGAUUGUCUGUGUUUUUAAUGUUUCUGCUGAUGAAUACAUCGAACUUGCUUGGUUGGGUAAUAGGGAGUUCCAGAGAACAGUAGAAUCAAGUUUGAGCAAUGAUGAUAGUACUGGCGUAACAGCAACUUUUGAGGAUGGUCACGGAGCUGAUUCAGAAGCUAUAAAGAAGAUGCUAUCUGAUGUAAAUUCUCAAUUAGCAAAAGAGGAAGACGGAUACCUGGCUGAGCAGAAGAUACAACAACAGCUGCAGAAGGAGCUUGAUGAGUAUGAGAAGAAAAUGUCACUCAUGGAGUCCAUAACAGAGAAAACAAAUUCAGUUCAAGUUCUUGCUGAGCAGACAUCUGAUAACUCGAUUGUCUCAUAACUUGAGAUUCAUCCACUCAUCAUAUAAAUUCAAGACUAUCAAAGUUAGAACUUCCUCCCUACAUUCCAAGUCCUUGAUGAGUUACGAUUUUUCGAUUAGGAUGGAACGAACAACAGUUCAACUGCCAAAUGUGUUAACUUAUAACCACUUUUUUUUUUUUGUUUGGUGCAAAACUUAUAACCACUUAAACAGUCAAUUAAAUCACUUUUUCACUCAAGUAUUACAUACUACAGUAA